AGUCAAGUCAACUUUUGUUAGUAGUGCACAGUGUCGGCAAAAUUGCCCAAUUGGGGAUUGAACUCAAAAGCCAGAUCGCGUUUAAUUAACGUUAGCAGAAGAGUUUGAUCUAGUGGGGUCAAAAUUCAUGUUACCACUUGCAGUUUAAGUACACGGCAAACAAAGUUCUUAUCUACGGCCUCAGAUCUUACUACGUUCAUUUAAAACUAUUUAACUGAAGCAAAAAUCUUAUCAUUCACUUAACAAAUAGUGCUUCUUCUUCUUGUAUUAUAUAUAGUUUAAACGCUUAACUCAUUACUCAUUACUACUAACUAGUUAUCUAUCCAUUAUGACAUCUUCAAAAGUUAAUCCAAAGGAAUAUGAAUUAAUCCAUUUGACUGAUUAUGAGUUAAUAAAGUUUACUAGAGAACAAAAUUCUGCAGCAUGGAAGGGGAGAUUAACAGCUGAUGAUUAUGUUAUUAGAGAUCUUGUAUUAGGAAAAUCUAAAAUUAUCACCAAAAAGCCAAAUGGGUUAAUGGUUUUUAUGUUGAGAAAAAUUUCUGAUCAAAAACCUGUAUCUUCUAUCGAACUUUUAAUUAGAAGGGGAUGGAAAUUUGACUAUGUAAAUGGUGAGGUUGUGAAAAAAGAAGUAUCAACUGGUUGUAUUGGAGGUGUUUUUACAUAUCCUGAACAUAGAGGUCAAGGCUUAGCUAAAAUUAUGGUUGAUAAAUUAAUGGAAAUUGCUAAAACUGAUAUUUUAAAGGAAGAUGGUUUUACCUUUUUAUAUUCAGAAGUAGGGGAAUAUUAUGCCAAGAGUGGAUUUAAAUCAUUUGAAGUUCCUCUUGUUCUGAUUCCAUUACAAACUGGUAAACCAGAAGAAGGUAUUAGUGAAAAUUUUAAAUUACUUGAUUAUCAUACUUUUGAACCAUACUUGAAAGUUCAUAAUGAACAAUUGAGUAAAGAAAUAAUUAAAAAAGUUAAUAAAGAUCACUUAUCAAGAGUUACUUUAGUUCCUAAUUCUGAUUUAGUUGAUUGGUUCCAUUUAAGAUGUAAAUAUAUUAGUUAUAAAUUAUUUCAUGAAGAAAAACAUACAAAAACUAUUGAUUUCGUUAAUGAAUCCUAUGAGGAAAUUGUUGAUAAUUUCAUUGAAUUAGAUCCAAAGAAAUUUGGAAUUGAACUCUUUAAUGAAUCAAAUAAAUCAAUUGGUUAUAUAAUUUGGACUUUUGAUUGGAUUAAUCGUACAGAAAAGUAUGCAACAGUAUUAAAAAUUGUCGUUAUUGAUGGUGAAGAUAAAGAUUCAACUUCUUUGAAAUUAUUAUCACUCUUAAGAAAUUACUUAUUAAAAAAUGAAGACAUUGAAGGACAAACCAAUAUUAAAAUAAUUGUUUGGGAAUCUGAACUUAGUCAAGUCAAUAAAGAAUAUGUUAUUGAACAUUGGGGAAGUAAGGCUGGACUUGAAAAUAGUUCUAGAUCAGCUAUCUUAAUAAAUAAUGAGCCAGAAGAUAAAUUAUUACAAUCUGGUCAAUUAAUUUGGGAAGGUAAUGAUAAAUUAUCAUGGUUUUAGUAUAGAGACCAUACAUUCAUUUAUUUU